AUGGCCCCCGGUAGAUUGGCGUCUCCUACCAAUGAGGCUUCUGCCUCUCAGUCAGCUAUCGAAUCCCAGCACAAGGAAGACCUGAAGCCCGCUGCAGAUGAUAUCUACGGAAUUUACCACCCCGCUGACCCGAAGAAUCUCAAAUUGGAGUCUAAUUUCGGGCCUUUGGACCCGGAUAGUGUGGGUUACCUUCAGCCGACUUCCUUUGACACACCACUGGAAAUUAUGCAUGAACGGUUUCAGAGAGAUGGGUAUUUAUUUGUCAAAGGAUGCAUCUCAAAGGAAGCCUCUCUGAAAUGUCGCGAAGCCUACUUCAACUACAUGGCGCCUAGUGGCCUUCUACAAGAAGGGACUCAACCUAUCGAUGGCAUCUUCUCGCACAAAGACAGCAAGAAGUACCUUCCACCAGGUAAUCUCCGCCGAUUAUUCGGGCUGAAAGACGACGAAGAGAGCGAGAAAUACCUCGAACUGAUGAUCUCCGCCCACGAAGCCCCAUUCUAUCUUGAAUUCUGCGCCAAUCAAGAACUUCGCGACUUUAUCAGCAGAUUCACCGGCUGGAAGAAACCGCACAUGCUCCAGCGCACUAUGCUACGAGCUUUCGUCCCAAAUAGCGAGCUCACACCCGUGCAUUUUGAUCAGAUGUAUCUCCGCGCUGGUCCACCUACCAGUCUCACGGCGUGGGUACCCAUCGGUGACGUCUCGCUCGAGGGAGGCGGUCUCAUGUAUCUCGAGAACUCGACCGACAUUGGACAGCAGACUGAGGCAGAGUUUGCGCGCAAUGCUGCAAACUUGACUGACGAGGAACGCGUCAGUGCGUUUAAUAAGAAUAUGAGCGAUGGAGGCUUUUUGAGUCGGGAUACGGUGGCUUAUGGGAAGGAGCGGCGUCGUAAAUGGCUUAUUGCGGAGUAUGAGGCGGGUGAUGUUAUUUUUCAUAACCCGUGGAUGGUGCAUGCUAGUUGCAAGAAUAAGGAUCCUAAUAGCAAGAUUCGACUUGCUACGGAUUUGCGAUUUGUGGAUCCUGAGAAGCCGUAUGACCAUGUGAGUUUCCCCUUCGGAUGA